AUGUACUAUUGGGCAGCAGCCAGCCCCCCCUUUCAUCAGGGAGUGGGCAGCAACAGGAAGAACAACAACAACAGCCGCCAGUCACCGUCCACCUUAACGAGAGACUCUUCUUCCCAAAGCUCACCUUCAUCACCGCCGCAGUCACAGCCUCUCGCAAGGUCCAGUUCGACAAGUCGGGCCGUCAAUCGGCGCCCGCUCUUGUUUGGCCACGCGAGGACAGCAUCCACCGACAGCAAUACCACCCCUCAACGAGGAGGCGCUGACGGGGAAGCUGCCAGCGGUGACAGGGAGCGCCCCGCCCAUCCGAGCCGCUGGCACCACCACUUGCAUUUGAGGAGAACAGCGACGUCACCGGAAGCAGCAACGUCGACGCCAGGAAGCAGUGCCAAACAGUUUACGUCGACUGAAUCGGAUCAAAGCCUCUACUACUACUCAUCCCCAAAUUGGCCACUUCCCGCCGUCGACGCGACAGCCCCGCCCUGUGUUGACCGACACGUGCUAGCCACAGCAGAACCUGAUCCCGAUUCUGUUUCCGCCUCCGCGCCACUACCAAAUCGGCAGCUCCAAGAGCCAUCUGAAUCCUCGGGUCACUCAGAAUCGUCUUCAAGUUACCAGACCUCGGAACUGCCGCUCACCCCACAUUUGCAACCUGCGAACACCGACUCAAGAUCUGCGAACACAUCAGCAACCCCCGGAUCACACCCUGUUUCAGCUGUUGACGUCGUCAAUACCAUCUCGCCUUCAAUAGCUGCUCUCGCUGCUGCAUCCGGAGCUUCUAUACCAUACGCGCUCGCCUCGCCUAGCAAAAGCUCCUUCAGCCAACGCAUCUCACAACACAUUUCAGACAGGCGGUCCCAAAAGCAACAGUCCUCAACCCAGGCGCCGUUGCCCUCAUUCGAUCAGACAUCAUCAACUCAGGCACGACUCCAUUCGCACGAAACAAACAGAAAAAAUCAUCAUGCCGCCAUGCCACAUGGCACCUCAUCAAAAUACAAGCUCAACAUUAUACCCCUCACACACACCACGGACAGCCUCUCGAGCGCCUCUGCUACUACAUCUCUAAGUAGCCGCGCCAGGAUGUCCUCGACGGAUCAUCACUCUGACGCCGAGGGCUCUCAACAUCGCCGAAAUGUCCUCGCUCAGAGGCUUUUUGUCAAUCGAAAUGGCAGAACAUAUAUCGCUGAGCCGAAUAUCCUUUAUCCCCUGCCGGUCGACCUGCCAGAGAUCAACCGCCAGUCUAUGCGCACGCUCAUGAUGCUCAAGCUCUUUGGCAGGCCGAUAUGUUCACCCGUUUUCCAUGAUCGCCCGCCCGUCCGCGUGCUAGACAUUGGCUGCGGCUCUGGAUUUUGGAGUAUGAAGUGCCACCAGUACUGGUCCAAGAGGGGCCAUCCAAACGUUCAAUUUACUGGUCUUGACAUUGUGCCCAUCGGAGGCGCCGGGGUGUCUUCCGGCAGCAAUCGCAGCAGUGGCAGCAGCGAAAGUCUCGACAUCCCUCCGCGACCGGACAGGGACAUGAAGUGGCGUUUUGUCCGGCAUGACUUGCGCAAGACUCCCUAUCCAUUUGCCGAUAACGAAUUCGACCUCGUUAUGCUACAGUCCAUCUCCUUGACAGCGCCCCAGAGCACAGGCGACGAUCUCAUGGACGAGGUGAUGCGCAUUUUGCGUCCCGGCGGCGUCGUCGAGUUUUGGGAAGCAGAUUACAUCGUCCGCAUGCUGCGUCCGCAUGUCCCCACCACGGCAGUAGGGUCCGGAUCGGGCAAACAGGCUGCCGACGAUGACUCUGAGGGCUCGGAAGACGACUCAGAUGAGGAUGAGGACUCAGACGAUAGCUCAUCGGAGGAGGACCCGGAUAGGGCCGCGGCUUCGUUGGGUGCUUACGUCAUGACGGCCAACACACCCAUGUCAUCGCCGCUCAACAACUACUUGGUAGAGUAUAACAGCUGGGUGACCAAGGCGCUGGAAGGGCGGUCGCUCAGCCCGGUGCCUUGCACCAGCAUCAACCCGCUUCUGCUGCAGGAGGAAGGCCUACUGGGGAUCGGAUCCAAGCGGCUGGCGGUGCCACUUUCCGAGGUCAAGUGGGAGCGCGAAGGCGUCGGCGGCGUGGUGACCAAGGAUGGCAAAAGCUACGUCAAGGGCCUGCGGGGUGAGGGCAGCGGUGGUGCCAACAAUAACGACAGCAGCAGCACUACCAGUGCCGGCAGCAAGGGCAAGGCCCUAUCAGCGAACCAGGCGGCGGUGCGGAGGACGGCGUUGCUGACCGUUGUACAACUGAUCCAGAGCCUUGAGCCGGUGUUGAGGGAGGUGAGCGGGAAGAGUCAGGACGAGUGGGACGGGUGGCUUGGCAAGAUGAUGAACGACCUGUUGAAGGAGAAUGGUACAAGCUGGGGGGAAUGCCUCGAGGUGGGGGCUUGGUGGGCCAGAAAGAGGAAGUAA